GGAUCAGUCUCAACCUGGGAUAUAAGAAGAGACAACAGCAGUGGAAGGAACGCAGGUGUUCCCAAGAGCUUUAACAGCUCAUCAUGGGCACUAGGAAGCUAUUGCUCCUGGUGCUAUUGACCAGCAGUUACACCAUUGCCCAAGAAGAUGGGCCAGAUAACCAGAAUCCAAGCUGUUUAAAAGAUGGAACAAAAUUCAGGCACCUUAGGAAAUAUGUAUAUAGUUAUGAAGCUGGAACAUCUACUGGAGUGACUGGCACAGCUGACUCACAGAGCGGUUCCAAAUUCAACUGCAAGGUAGAAUUGGAGGUUCCUCAGGCAUGCAAUUUCAUUCUUCGUAUCAAACAAUGCACCCUGCGAGAAGUGUACGGAGUCAGUUCCGAGGGCAAAGUACUGAUGAAGAAGUCCAAGAAUUUAGAAGACUUCUCUAAUGUUAUGUCUAAGAAUGAAUUGAAAUUCAGUGUCCUCGAUGGUAAACGGGUAGUUUUAUAUCCACAAGCAGAUGAACCUCUCAAUGCCCUGAAUAUCAAGAGGGGUAUUAUCUCGUCACUCCUUGCUCCUGAUGAGACACAGCAAACCUAUUACAUGGAUACUGUGUAUGGAAACUGUGCCAGUCAGAUUACAGUCAACAGUGCAAAGUCAUCAUUAGCAACAGAUUUUACAGUGGACAGAAAUUUGAAGAACUGUGAUCAGUUCAACCCAUCCAGGGAUUCUGUCAGUCCUAUUGCACUCUUUAAAGGCAUGAAUGCUCCAUUGUCCACCCUGAUCAAAAGCAGCCAGUCUUGUCAGUACUCUGUAGAUCAGAAACGAAAGCUUAUCACCUCAGUGUCCUGUGCUGAAAGCCAUGUUUUCCUUCCCUUCUCACACAAAGAUCAAUAUGGCAUGAUGGCAAAGGUCACACAGACACUAAGGCUGGAUGAAACACCACAAAAGACCAACAACAGAGAAUUUACUGCAGUUCCAUCUCUGGCAAAAGGGCUUGCAUUGGAGGCUGAAAAUGACAAUGUUAAAACUGGGGAAGCUGUCUUGGAAAAUCUUGUACAAUUGCAGAAGUUGUCUACAACAGAACAGAAUCAGCAGAGAGCUGGCCUUUUUUACAAACUUGUGACUUCCUUGAGGAGUUUGAACAAUGAAACCUUGGGUCCUCUUGUUCCAAAGAUGACUGAACUGUCAAGCCCGAUUACGCUACAAGCAUUGACUCAAUGUGGAACUCCAGAAUGUUUUGGAGCUAUUCUUCAAAUUCUAAGAAGUGGGGAUAUGUCACCAGUAUUAGUUGAUGCGGUUACAUACAGUCUUGGACUCCUACCUUCCCCGUGCACAAAACGAGUACGAGAACUUCUCAACAUGGCCCAAUAUCGUUCAAGCAGAGCUUCAUUUUAUGCUUUAAGUCAUGCUGUCAACACUUUCUAUGAAAACACAAACACAAUCACACCAGAACUACAGGACGUCUCCAAUUUCAUGGCAUCGCUGAUAGAAAAUGAAUGCACAGGCGAUGAAGAUAAGACAUUCUUAAGUCUCAAGGCAAUUGGAAUUAUGGGGACAGCUUUGGAAAAUGCAAAUACUCAAAUAAAGUCUUCUCUUCUGAAAUGUGUUCAGAGUCAGACAGCAAAACCUGACAUUCAAAAGGCUGCAAUCCAAGCACUUCGCAAAAUGACCAUUACAAGAGAGGUUCAGUCAAUUCUUCUUCAAGUCUAUCUAGAUAAAGGUUCUACAGUACAGAGGAGAUUGGCAGCCUAUCUCAUGCUCAUGAAAAACCCAUCAGUGUCAGAACUAAAACAAAUCCUUGAUGGGAUGAAUGUUGAAGAAGAACAAGUGCGAAACUUUGUGGCUUCCCAUGUUGUUAACAUCCUGAACUCAGAGGCACCAGAAGUCCAAGAGCUUAAACGUAAAAUGGAAGAGGCUGUUCAGGAGCAUGGAUUACCUCCAGUUUUAAACGACUUUACAAGACUCUCAGGCAACUAUCAGUUUUCAAAGAGCGUGCAAGUCCCAGGAACGGGUGCACCUAUGGGUGUCAAUGUAGGAGGAAACUUAAUUUUUGAUAAUGGUUACAUGCCUAAGGAAGCCAUGCUGGAGGCUACUCUAAGUGUUUUCGGGCAAUCUGUUGACAUGUUUGAGGUUGGUGUUGACGGUAAAGGAUUUGAACCAACCCUCGAUGCCUUGUUUGGGAAGAAAGGAUUUUUUCCUGAUUCUGCCUUGAGGGCACUUUACUGGAUAGAUGGAAAAGUCCCUGCUAAAGUAACCGAUAUGUUGUAUGCUUGGUUUGAUGUUCCCAGAGACAGCAAGCAAAGCCAGGACUUCACGAAAGCUGUGCUACUCAAUUUUGAAAAACUGGUGAAUGAAAUUAAAUCUAGCGAGAUGCCUGAAGCUAAAGCAUAUCUGGAAAUCCUUGGUAAAGAACUGGGUUAUUUGAAGUUGGGUGACUUUAAAAUCCUUGGGAACAUGCUGUUGAAGAGUAUACAUGCAUCACAGGAGCUGCCUGGCCAGAUUCUAAGAGCAAUGUCAAAAGGUGCAGAAACAGAUCUCUUCCUACACUACAUUUUCAUGGACAAUGAGUUCGACCUACCUACAGGGUCAGGCCUUCAACUCAAAGUAUCUUUAGCUGGCAUAAUUGCUCCUGGUGCAAAGGCUGGAAUGAAGUUUGGCACAAAGAAUGUAAAAGCAGAACUAUCCUUCAAUCCAGCCGUUGCUGUGGAAUUUGUUACCCAAUUAGGAGUUCAGAUGCCCGACUUUACUAGACAUGCGGUACAAAUGAAUUCCAACCUUUACCACGAAUCUGGGUUCAAUGCUCGAUUUUCUGUGAAAGAAGGUCAAAUCAAGUUUUCCAUCCCAGCACCUAAAGAGCCAACAAAGAUCUUCAGCUUCAACAAUAAUCUUAACCUGGUUUUUCCAUCGAAGACAGAGGUCAUGACAUCCAUUACAGAAAACAGACAAGAACAGUCGUCUUGCAAGCCUUUGCUAUCGGGUCUAAAGUACUGCAUUAAUUCUGCAUAUUCUAAUGCCAGUACAACAGAUGCAGCUCCUUAUUUCCCUCUCACUGGACAGACCAGAUUUGAGGUAGAAAUUCAGCCAACUGGAGAGGUUGACGAGUAUUCACUUACAGCCAACUAUCAGCUGAAGAGGGAGGAUCAAGACUUGAUCGAUAUUUUGUCAUUCUCAGCUCAAGCUGAAGGGGCAAAAUCCUGUGAAGCCUCAUUGACCAUGAGAUACAACCGCAACAAAGUCAUUUUCACAAGUGAUGUGCAAAUUCCAAAUUCCGAUAUCAACUUUGGAGUCAGCAUGAAAGCAGAUGAUAAUUCAAUAGGUUCAAGAAAAUCAUAUUCCGUUACUCUAGAUUUCCACAAUCAACAGAUUUCGGAAGCUACUCUAACUGGCCAGAUAAGGUAUGAUGGAGGGAGCGAAGCAGCAUUGGGUGGUGUGCUUUCAGUCCCGCGUUUACAUACUGAAGCAAGAACGGAAGCCUCUCUUCAGAAAUUGCCAAAUUUGUUCAAAAUUCAGCUACAAUCUACAGCCAAUGUCUGUGCUUUUUCUGCAUCAGAGAAUAUAGGAUUUACCUAUGAUGACGAAAAGAUCGAACUAGAAUGGAGUACCACUUCAAAUUCUAAUUUGAAGAAACUGGCUUCAAAACUGCCAGAUAUAAAAUUUUCAGAUCUGACCAAUUAUCCAGAUUCCGUGAAGAACUAUGCCAAUGACGUCAUGGAUUACAAGGUGGCACAAACCGAUAUGACACUCAGACAUAUUAUGUCUCAAUCGGUAGUGGCUACCAAUAACUGGUUCCGGAAAGCAUCAAAAGACAUGCCGUAUGCAGAUAUAUUACAAGAUAAGUUAAAAGCUUUUAAAGAGCUAGAAUUUGGCCUUCCAGCGUUUCCAGAGGAGCUCUUUUUAAACAGUGAUGGAAAAAUUAAAUAUAUGAUAAACAAGGACAGUAUCACAAUUAAUGUCCCAUUACCCUAUGGUGGUAAAUCAAGCGGUCAGCUGAUGAAGACAAGGAGUCUAACAUUACCUUCAGUGAAUCUGCCCUCCGUGGGACUAAAAUUGCCUACUCAAGAGUUUUCAAUACCCGAUUUUACCAUUCCGGAGUUUUAUGAAAUGAAUGUCCCCUUAAUUGGAGUUUUGGAGCUGUCCUCUAACAUAAGAAGCAACUACUAUAACUGGUCUGCCUCAUAUACAGGUGGAAACACGUCAAGUGAGGCCAUUACCUUCAGUUCUAAGUAUGAAAUGAGAGCUGACUCAGUCUUGGACUUUUUGUCAUACACAAUUGAUGGUACUGCAAUAUCAUCAUAUGACCCCGAACAGAUGUUGCUGCUUUCAUAUGAUGGGUCUAUACAGCACAGUCUCCUUGAGUCAAACCUUAAAUUUAAAGAACUCUUUAACUUCAGAAGUAAUGAAUUAUUUAAAGGAUCCUACUCUUAUUAUGUCAGAAGCAUUCUAGGCAUAGAAUCAUCCUUGAAAUCAUCAUUGAAGUCAACUAUGAAUAAUAAGAUACUGACCACAGAAGGGGAUGCUGUUGGGAAACAUAACAUUGCAUCUUUGUUUCUCAAUACCGAUUACAUAAUAAUCACUACUUUUGACACGGCAAACAUGCAACUCAAAGUGGAUUCUGAUUUUAAGUCGGAGUCAUCUUGCUUGAAGCUCACAAAUAAAAUAGUUGGCCUGGUCCUCCGUGAAGCUCUAACUAUAACCUCAACUACUGACAUGCAAGAUGGUGCCCUCUCAAACAUAAUGACAAUAGAAUUUAGAAACAAACAGCUAUAUUUUAAAUCUGACACUAACGGAAACUAUUACAACUUGGUCGCACUCAACAAAUUUGAAGCUACAUUUUCAAGUGAAAAGGCAGCAAUCCGCUCUGAAUACCAGGCAGAUUACAGACGACACCGAUUCUACACUUUACUGUCAGGAUCUCUGAAUUCCUUUGGUCUUGAAUUAAAUGCUGAUGUAACUCUAAAUAAUCUGGCAAAAAGAGCUGCCCACAAAGCUACUCUGCAACUAAACAGAGAGGGCUUGUCCACCAGUUCAACAACAAAUGUAAAUUUCAACCCUUUCACAUUGGAGAAUCAGAUUGAUGCUGGAAUUGGACCCAGUGGAACACUGAUGAAGAUGACAACGAAUGGCAGAUACCGUGAACAUAACGCAAGAAUAAUGGUCGAAGGAAAGGCUGGCCUGACUGAGCUUUUCUUUGGUAGUCUGUAUGAAGCCAAUGUACUUGGUAUGAAUGGCAAGAACAACUUGAAUUUUAAAAUUAGCAAAGAAGGCCUGAAGUUCUCCAAUAACUUAGUGGGAUCAUAUGAGCAAAUGAAAAUAGAAAACAGCAAUGACCUUUCCAUUCAAGGAACCUCAUUACAAUUUACUUCAAAAUUUGAAGAUUCUUGGAGCUCCACCAAAUUCUACAAGCAAAGUUAUGAAUUGCAAAUGCAACCAUAUGCUAUGACAACUUUACUAAGUAAUGAGUUCAAGUAUGAUGCUCUGGAAUUAACAAACAGAGGGCAGCUGCAAUUGGAGGGAUUUAAGGUGAAUCUCAAUGGGGAUUUGCGAGGAGCCCUCAGCAAAGAUGAGAUUAAACACUCCUAUACUAUUUUAGUACAUGGCCUGUCCACAAAACUGAACACAGACACCAUUGCAAAUAUCCAAGGAACAGCUCAUACUCACCAAACAAUUAUGGAGAUUGCUGGUCUAUCUGCAACAUUUAGCAGCAACUCAAACUUUGAGACAAAGUCCACCCGCCUAACUAACAAGAUUAACUUUGGCGUGAAGCCAUUUAGCUUAACAUUGGAUUCUCAGACCAAUGGAGAUGGUAGAGUACAAGCCUUUGGAGAACAUACUGGCCAGCUGUAUAGCAAAUUGCUCUUAAAUGCAGAAGUGCUCUCAUUUAACUUUGCUCAUGAUUUCAGGGGAUCAACUAGGCAUUUACUUGAAACAGGAAAAAAACAUGAAACCUUGCUUGAUUAUCAAGUGAAUGUAUUAUUUACUCCAUCGGAACAACUAAGCUCAUGGAAACUAAAGAGUCACCUUGACAAAAACACAGUCACUCAAGGUUUCAAAGCAUAUAACAAUCUUGAUGGUAUUGGUAUUGAAAUGAAUGGGAAUACGUUUGCAGAUCUCUCCAUACUGGAUAGACAGAUUCAGUUGCCAUUUGCUAUUUUUAAUCCUAUUGAUGUUCUAAAUUUAAGAGACAUAGUCAGUGAUCCUCAAGAAUUUGGUAUUUCUGGUUAUGUGAAGUAUGAUAAAAAUAAAGAAAUGCACGUCAUCAACCUUCCAUUUAUUGAAAACAUUUCAAGCUAUUUUGAAGGACUUAGAAAAGUAUUACUAACAACUCUGCAGGCUUUACAGAACUCCCUGAAAGAAAUAAAUAUUGACCAGCAUAUCAGAACAUACAAAGCUACUUUAAGCAAAAUUCCUCAAAAACUAAAUGACUAUGUUAAUAGCUUUGACAUAGAUGGAAAGGUUAAAGAGGCAAAAGAAAAAAUACUGUUGAUAACAAAAGAAUAUAAAAUCACAGCUGAGGAGCUUCAAACUGCAGUUGAAAACUAUUUUAUGUCAUUGUACUACAAUUUACAAAGCUACUUACAGGAAAUUGAAAAAAUGAUUCGAGAAAACUAUGACCUCAACCAAUUCAAUGAAGCUGUUCAAAAGUUGAUUCAGAAAUUUUUUGAAAGUCUCAAAUCAUUAGACCAGGAAUACAGAAUUCGUGAGAAGAUAGUUGGAAUGAUACAGGACCUUCGAAGAAGCAUUGAGGAGAUUGAUAUCAAAGACUUAGCUCAAAGUCUACAAUCAUGGAUUCAGAAUAUUGAUGAUAUGUAUCAAAUCAAAGUUAACAUUCAGAAAGUUCUACAACAAAUCCAGACUCAGGUUCAGAGAAUUGAUUUAGAACAAAUGGCAGCCAACGUGAAACAGUCAUUGCAAUCUCUUGACUUAAGGCAAUAUGCAGCAGAAAUCAGAAAAGUAUUUCCCAUUGAAAAGGUCAGAUAUGUAAUUGAACAAAUGAAAAAUAUUGUCAUCACAAUGCUAGAGGAAUAUGAAGUAAGUGAGAAAAUCAAUGCCGUUGUUGACAUGCUGCAGGACGCUGUGAGAGAUUAUGAUUUGGACAAGAAAGUUCACGUAGUCAUAGAACAGUUUCUCAAAUUCCUUAACCAGCAGAGUGUAAGAGAGACAAUAAAAAAGGUAACAGACAUGUUAAAUUCCAUUGACCUAAAAUCAUAUGUCACCAAAAUAGUUGCUUUUGUUGAUGAAACAGUUGAGAAAGUAAAAGAUUAUGACUACAAAAAGCUUAUCGAGGACAUCAACUACUACCUUGACAUCAUUGUUAAAAAGCUGAAAUCAUUCAAUUAUGAGAAAUGGGUAGAUGAUUUCAAUGGCUGGAUUAGAGAAAUAACUCAAACAGUAAAUGAGAAAAUGAAUGCCCUGGAACUUCCACAAAAAGCAGAAGCCCUUAAACAGUACUUAAAUGAGGUCAUAAAAAUUGCAGCAGCGUAUACCCAUGAUUUUGGAAACAUCAAACUGUCAGAAUUUUUUAAGAGGUACCAGGAUAUCUUGAGUUUGACUGUAUUAAAUGAUUUCAAAAUUAGACUACUGGAAAACCUUGAAGAUGCCAGAGAGAGAAUUUAUUCUAUGGACAUACAGAAGGAAUGUCAACGUUAUUUGCAACAAGCGAGCCAAGCUUAUUGGCGAUUAGUGAACUACAUUUCGCAACAAUGGACUAAUGCUGCUGUCAUGAUUACCAACUUUGCAGAAGAAAACAAUAUUAAAGAUUGGGCUGAAAAUAUGAAAAGGUUUAUAGAAGAGGGUUUUGUCAUGCCUGAAAUUAAAAUAGGAUUCAUCAGUUUUCCUUCCUUUGAAGUGAGUCUCCGUGCCCUCAAAGUAGCAACUUUUAAGACACCGUAUUUCACUGUCCCAUUCACUGAUUUGCAAAUUCCAUCCGUGGAGAUCAAUUUCAGACGUUUACGAGAAACAGAAAUUCCUACAAGAUUUGUUACGCCUGAAUUUACCAUUUUCAACACUUACAAGGUACCUUCAUAUGUCAUCGAUUUGAAUGAAAUCAAAUUAAAAAUUGUAAGGACAUUUGAUCAGAUACUUUCAAGUGACUUUGAAUGGCCAUCUCCAGAAGUAUAUUUAAGUAAUCUACGAAUGAGUGAACUAACAAUGAGAGACUUGGGAAUCCCUACAUUUUCCUUCCCAGAAAUCCAUUUUCCUGCUAUGCAAAUCCCAGAAAUGCAAAUCCCAAAGUUAGCAAUGUUUAACAUCCAGCUUUCUAUACCUGAAUUCCAGCUCCCACAAAUCCCUCACACAGUAUCUGUUCCUACAUUUGGGAAACUUUACAGUUCAUUCAAAGUUAUAUCACCAUUUUUUACAAUGGCAACUUCAGCUGAAUUGACAAAUAGCACAACUGAAAAAAACCCUGAAAUGGUUGGAACUUUCUCUACAGAAACAACAUCUAUGAUCGAAGCUCUGGCUUUUGUGCUAAAGGCAGAUGCUCGGCUAUCUGCUCCUCUCUUGGAACAAUUGAUUCUUAAAGAGUCUAUGCUGCUAUCCAAUAAGUAUCUUAGUUACGAUCAUAAUGGUGAAACAGUUUUUACUGGAAACCAAAUUCAGUCUAAAAUAGUGACGAAGGCCAAUUUAAGAACAGAAAAGAGUUUGGCAGAAUUCCAAAAUGACAUUGUAUUCAAGGUACAGAAAAAGAUCACAGCUGACAUCACGACUAAAUAUUCUCACCGUCUGAAUAUCCCCCAGUUACAGCUUACAAGCCAGGUGGAUCUCCUGAAUGACAUUGACUCAUCAGUAGAAGCCGGACGAAUUUUGCUCACUUCUACUGGAAAAGGAAACUGGAAAUGGGCAAGCCCUGCUUUUAGAGAUGAAGGAACACAUCAAUCAGACUUUAAGUUCAACUUAAGAGGGCCUCUUAUGGAGAUUUCCGGUACAAAUAGAAUCAAUGACAAUAAUAUAAAACUUGACCAGAGCCUGAAAUAUGAGUCAGGCUUCUUAAGCUAUGCAAACCUUGAUAUCUCAUCAAAAGCAGAAGUCCCUUACAUUGGGAAUAGUAUUGUAGCAGUAAAAGGAAAAGGACAGGUUAGUGAAAUGAAAUUGGAACUCACGGCAACACACAAUGCAGAACUAACUGGGUUUGCAACUGGAACAAUAAGCAACAGUAUAACCUUUUUGACAAAGCCAUUUGAAAUAAGUCUAGCUACUAAUAACAAUGGAAAUCUAAAGGUUAGCUUCCCUCUGAAGUUGACUGGAAAAAUUGAUUUCUUGAACAAUUAUGAAUUUGUACUUAACACAAAUGUUCAGCAAAUAUCUUGGCAAGUCAAUGGCAGGUUCAACCAGUAUAAAAUCGUAUACACUGUCUCAGCGGGCAACAAUGAAGAGAAAAUUGGUGCUUCAGUAGAAAUGAAUGGGGAAGCAAACCUUGAUUUCUUGACAAUUCCAAUUACUAUUCCAGAAAUACCUGUUCCAUAUACCACAAUGAGAACGCCUAAAAUUACUGAGUUCUCCUUGUGGGAAAGAACUGGUCUGAAGAACUUACUAACAACAACGAAACAAAAUUUUGAUUUGAAUGUGAAACUCCAGUACAAGAAGAACAAAGAUAUGCAUUCCAUUCCACUGCCUCUGGGUGCGAUCUAUAAUUCCAUAAAUGCCAAUCUGAUCACAGCCAAUUCUAAAUUUGAAAAUCUGCGGGAUUCUUCAGUGAGAGUUUUAACAAAUUCAUAUAACAAAGCAAAAGCACAAUUUGACAAAUACAAAGUACAAACCCUAGCAAAUAAAAUCCCUCGCACCUUCACAAUACCUGGUUAUACCAUCCCACUGUUGAACAUUGAGGUCUCCUCUAUUAGUGCUGAGCUCCCUGCAUUUGGUUAUGUGAUUCCGAAAGAAAUCAGGACACCAAGCCUAACCCUGCCACUGGUUGGAUUUUCUAUUCCAACCUAUACAGUAGUUAUACCUUCACUUGAACUUGCUGUACUUCAUGUUCCUGAUGCCUUACGCAAAAUAACUCUACCUAAACUGAAAUUGCCCAAAAUGAAAGACAGCAUUUCAAUUCCUGCUAUGGGAGAUCUCACAUAUGAUUUCUCAUUCAAGUCAAAUGUGAUAUCAUUAACAACAAACGCAGGUCUGUACAAUCAAUCUGAUAUCUCUGCUCGUAUCAGUGUGGUUUCCACAUCUGUUAUCGAUUCACUACAGUUUAGCCUAGAUGGAACAACAGGACUAACAAGAAAACGUGGAAUGAAACUAGCCACUGCUUUAGCACUAAAAACUGUGUUCAUGGAAGGAAAACAUGAAAGCUCUAUGUCUCUUGGAAGGAGAAAUAUUGAAGCUUCUGUCCUAACAAAUGGCAAAAUAAGCAUACCCAUUUUGCAGCUCACUGUUAAACAUGAAUUGACUGGUAACACAAAGACCAAACCUACAGUUUCAUCUAAGAUGACCAUGAACUAUGAUUUUAGUGAAUCAGCAUAUGGGAAUAGUGCAAGAGGAUCACUUGAUCAUACGCUAAGCAUUGAAGGUCUGUCUUCUUAUUUCUCCUUGGAGACAUUAACAAAAGGAGAUGUUACUGGAACCAUGUUGGAUCUACCAUUUAAUGGACAAGUUAAUAAUGAAGCAAACAUCUAUUUGAAUUCAAAUGGGUUUAGGUCAUCUGUAAAAAUCAUGGGUAAUACUAUAGCAGGUGAUUUUAUAACAUUGGAACUUUCUGAAAAUCUUGGUGUUGAAGCAUCCACAAGUCGCAUUUAUACAGUUUGGGAACAUACUGGUAAAAAUUAUUUAAGAUACCUACCAGGUUUUUACACAAGAGGAGAGCAAAAUGUUAAGGCUAAGAUUGACCUGGCUUUCUGGAGCUUGCUGUCAAGUCUCCAGAUGCAAAUCAGCCAACCAAGCUCAUUAUUUGAUGCUGCAUCACUAAACCAAGCUAUCACAUUAAAUCUCUAUCCUGAGAAACAAGAAUUCGAUAUUAAUGGAGAAGGUAUUCUGAAUACUCUUAUUUUAGCUCAUAACGGAAAAUUGUCUAAUGAUGCAGCUGAUGCAAAAUUUGAGAUCGCUGGUUCAAUGCAAGGACAUGUAUCUUUCCUCAAAGGAGUCAUCCUUCCAGUCUAUGAUAAAAGCUUGUGGGACAUCUUGAAGUUUGACCUUACAACAAGUGCUGAUAAAAAACAAUUCCUCACUGCAUCUACCUCUAUAACUUAUACAAAAAACAAAGAAGGCUUCUUCUUCCCCCUUCCAAUGAACAAACUUUCAGAUGGAUUUGUCAUUACUUUUCCAGCACUAACUCUUAAAUCACCAGAAUGGGUUAAAGAUCUUCCCAAAACAAUGAACAAUAUGCAAGUUCCAGAUAUGCCAGCAGAGUUAAACAUUCCAUCAUUUCACGUCCCAUUUACAAAUCUAAAUGUUCCAUCAUAUAAAUUUGACUUCCGCAAUAUAAAGAUUCACAAACAAUUGAGUACAUUGCCUUUUGACCUUUCCUUGCCUUCCUUGCCAAAAGUAAAAUUCCCCAAAGUUGACAUCAAUACCAAAUAUAUUACCAUGGAAGAGUACAAAAUACCAUUCUUUGAGGUAACUAUACCACAAUAUCAGAUAACAUUGGCAAGGUAUACUCUACCAAAAAGCUUCUAUGGUCUGGACUUUAACAGCAUUGCCAACAAAAUUGCAGAAAUUGAUCUACCAACAAUAGAAAUCCCAGAGCAGAACAUAGAGUUUCCACCAGUUAAGAUGAAUCUUCCAGCUGGGCUUUUCAUUCCAGCUUUUGGAGCUCUGUCUGGAUCAGUCCAACUUUCCUCACCUAUAUACAAUUUAACAUGGACAACAAAAUUGGCAAACAACUCUGAAGGUCUCGUUGCUUCCAUUGAUGCCACAAGCAGUUCUACACUUCAGUUCCUGGAAUUUGAUCUUGACGCCUCUACCACCAGUUCAUUAACAGGGAGUGCCAUCAACUACAAUGGGAAGGGAUCCUUAGCACACCCAGACUUAAGUAUUGAUUGGCAGCAAGAUAUUUCUUUCAAUGGACCAUGGUUCUCUGUUCAUAACAUAGCAAUAGAUGUAAGAAGCCCAACAUUCACAAAUGUCCAGAUACGUUGUCAACGUGAAAACAACAGGCUUUCUUCAACAAUUAAUGUUCCAUCUGCUGGGACUUUGGGACUUCUGGUAGAAAAAGAUGACACAACAAUCAAAGGAAAGCUGUACAGUCGACCUGUGUCCUCUACUGGAAAAGAUAUAUUAAUAAUGAAGGGAGAAAUGUCAAUAAAAAACCCAGAAAAAAUCCAGAACAAGAUUAAUUGGAAAGAAGAUGCUGUUGCAGAUUUACUUAAUGGCUUGAAGGAACGAUUGCCAAAAAUGUCUGAUUCUGUUUACAACUGUUUCAACAAGUAUCACAAUGAACACUUUGGAAUGGAUAUCAGUGAUGCCAACCUUAAGAUGAAAGAGCAUCUGCAAUCCAAAGUUUCUUCAGCAUACAGAUCCACUGCUAAUCAAAUCGAUAAGAUGGAAUAUCAUCUUCAGUCUGUUGCCAGGGGAGCAGGUGACAAGUAUAGGGACUUGAUAAAAAAUGGUUGGCCACAGGCAGACGCAUCAGUCUUUGUGAGUUAUGAUGAAAUUAAGGCAAAGUUGUUUGAUAAUUCUGUUGUGCUUUUGAGAAAGUAUAAGGACACAGUGAAAGAGCUUAUUGAUGCAGCCAUUGAGUUUUUGAAGAUGACAAGGUUUCAGUUACCUGGUCAAUCUCAGAAGUAUACAGGUGAAGAAUUGCUUUCCAUGGGUGUGAAAAAGGCAAUGUCAUAUAUUGAUCUAUGCUAUCAAAGACUUCAGCAAUGGUUUGAUGCAGUCAUCCAGUCAAUUAAUGAUGUCAAAUAUGAAAUACCAGGUAUAAAUGUAACUAUUGAUGGUACAAAAAUAAUUUCAUCCAUUAAAACCUUCGUAAAUACCCUUAAUAGGGUAACAAAAAAAGUAUUUACUGACAUUGAGGAUGCAAAUUUUGAGAACACACUCAAACAGCUUCAGAAUUUCAUUAACGAGAUCUCACAAAAAUCUGAGAAACUUAUUGAAACCUUAAGGUCAAGAGACUAUCAAGAUUUAAGGGAUAAGACCCAGCAGAUGUACAGGGAAGCCAUGAACUCACAAUAUGCUAGAAAUCUCAAUGAACUGGCAGACAGAAUCAAAAAGGUUUUGGACCAGUUGCAAAUAAUUUUCCAAAGUGCAUAUGAAGAGUUGUCUGAGAAAUUAGAGCAGUUGAUGAUCUAUGGCAAAGCCCUCCGUGAAGAAUAUUUAGAUCCAAACAUCGUUGGCUGGUCAGUUAAAUAUUAUGAAAUUGAAGAAAAGAUUAUUAAACUGGUGAAAGAGAUCAUUGCAUCAUUAAAAGAACUGCCUGAAAAAUAUGGAAUAAAUGUGUCAGAAGCAUUAGAUAAUGUGAAAGAAUACCUGAUUGUGUAUUACCAAAAUGCUGGUGAUGCCAUGACCUACACAGAAGAUAGGGCAAGACAGGUGUUGAAAUUGCUCAAUGAAAAAGUCACAGACUUACCUAACACUGCCAGAAAAGUCUCAGAAGAACUUUACCAGAUACUUACUAGGAAACUGCAAGACACCUACGAUCAACUUUCUGGUUCUUAUGAGAAACUUAUAGCUGAGUCAGCCAGACUGGUAGAAUUUGUCAUCGAAAAGUACAACUCUAUUGUAGAAUUCAUUAUGCAACUUUUUCAGAAUUUUGAGAAGGCUGCCAGUGAAGAAAUAAAAACAUACGUGUCAACACGUAAAGGUGAGCUUAAAGUUGAUGUACCUCAUCCCUUCAACUGGAAAUCCUUUGAUGAAAUGCCCAAACUAAGAGAUGACCUCAUAAACAAAAAAAUGGAAAUCGCACGCUCAAUGGUAUUCGAUGGUAUUGAUAAAGGCUCAAAGAAAUGGGACGAACUACAACGCUUCAUUGAGAAACAACUCGAAGGAGGAAAACUGAGCGUGCAACAAAUUUUAGAGAAUAUUGAGAACUGGAAAAAAAACUGAAUGGACAUUUUGUACUGUAGUAUCAUGAAAAGUUUUUAAGCUGUUUAAAAUUAAGAAACAAUCAUUAUCUAUAUAUAUAUCAUUUUAAUACUUAUGUUGUUUCUCUGUGGGUAAAAAUAAAAUUGUCAGUUUCUUUGAAGUUAAGCUAAAUAAAACCAUUAUUUGUUAUAAGUUGGCAUUAUUUUCAUCUAUAGCUUUUUCAAUUGUUUGCAUUACGCAGAAUCAUCAUUAAAGAGACACCGCAUUCAAUAAA